UGGUUACGGUUCACGCGAAUGAAAUUUUCUCCAAGAACCGUGAGAGAAACCUCUUGAUUGUGAUGUUAAUACAGUAACUUCUACAUCAAAUUAUCAGACAAAAAGAUAUUGUUAUUAUGGUUGACACAUAGGUUUGCUUACCCUAAAUGAUCAUGGCCUCUGUCGGGUCAGGCCAAGGCGCAAGUCACUUUGAGAAGGGGCGUAUCCAUGCACUACAGGAGGAACGCAUCGCCAUUCAAAAGAAGACUUUCACUAAAUGGAUCAACUCACAUUUGUCAAAGGCAAACCUGCACAUUGAGAACCUGUUUGAAGACCUCCAUGAUGGGAAAGCACUGAUGCGUCUCCUUGAGGUUAUAUCGGGCGAGUCGGUAGGAAGACCCAAUCAUGGCAAGUUACGGGUGCAGAAGAUGGAGAACAUCAACAAGGCCCUCCGGUUCCUCUCAUCUAAGAAAGUACGUCUAGAGAGCAUUGGUGCAGAAGACAUUGCCGAUGGAAACACUCGACUGAUCUUAGGAUUAAUCUGGACUGUCAUUCUUAGAUUUCAGAUUCAAGACAUUCAGGUUGAAGAUGAUGGAUCAACUGAAACAAAAUCUGCAAAGGAGGCGUUGUUGCUAUGGUGUCAAAGAAAGACAGCGGGUUAUCCUGGAGUGGAUGUGCAUAACUUCACUAGCAGCUGGCGAUCUGGUUUAGCCUUCAAUGCACUGCUUCAUGCUCACAGGCCAGAGCUUUUGAACUUUGAAGUAUUGAAACAUCAGAGCAAUAUAGACAAUCUCAACAAUGCUUUUAAGUUGGCUCAUGAGAGGCUUGGUAUAGCACGACUGCUUGAUGCCGAAGAUAUAGAUGUCGAGAGACCUGAUGAGAAAUCCGUGAUGACGUACGUUGCUGCUUAUUAUCACUAUUUUGCUAAAAUGAAGACAGAGAAAACAGGUGGCAAAAGAAUUGCAAAGAUUAUCAGUCAAAUCAAGGAGAUAGAUAAUCUUCAAGAUGAAUAUGAGAGAUUGGUAAGUGAGCUAUUAGAAUGGAUACAGAGUACAACUAGGAAACUGAGCAAUAGAGAUCUACCAAACCUACUAGCUGGUAUUCAACAAGAGAUGGCUCGAUUCAAAACAUACAGGAUGGUAGAGAAACCUCCAAAGUAUGCUGAGAGGGGGAACAUAGAAGCCACUCUAUUCAGUAUUCAGACCAAGAUACGAGUGUGCAGACGGAAGAUCUACGUUCCUCCCGAGGGCAAACUCAUCAAUGACAUAGAGAAGAAAUGGGCUCUUUUAGAAGAAGCAGAGCACAGUAGGGAGACUGCACUCCGAGAAGAACUAGCCCGGCAAGAAAAACUUGAGAGGCUGGCUGAGAAGUUUGGGAGAAAGGUUCUGUUGAGAGAAUCAUGGUUAGAAGACAUGAUGAGUGUAUUGAUUGAGAGUGUGACACCUAGUAGUGAUGUACAUGCAGUAGAUGCAGCUACUAAAAGACAUGAAGCCAUAACAGCUGAUGUCAUGGCGAGGAAAGAAAGAUUUGCCGACUUAGAAUCCAUGGCACUGGAGCUAGCCAAAGAGGGCUACCAUCGAGAGAGAGAGAUCACUAAAAGGUCGAGGGAGGUCAGUCGAAAAUGGAAGGAACUACUUACACUGUUAGACAAGAGAAAUAACAUAUUGAAAGGGGUCAAUGAACUCAUGGACAUGUUUCGAGAAGUGGAUGGUAUCAUGGCAGAAAUGAAAGAAAUACAGGUGACUUUACAUUCCGAUGAGAGAGGGAAACAUCUCCAAGCUGUUGAAGAUCUUCUUCAGAAACAGAGUCUAGUUGAUACCCAGAUCUCAACACACGGAGAGAGGAUCAAUCAAGUUAACAUCAUUGCCGAUAGGUGUCUUCAAGAAGAUCAUCCAGAGAGUCCAACAAUUAAGAGGAGAACAGUCGACCUCAAUGUCACUUACAACGCAAUCAAAGAGAUGAGUCAUAUCAGGAAGUCUUGCCUGGAGGAUUCCUUGAAGUUCUUUCAGUUUAUGAGAGACAGUGAAGAGGAAGAGUCUUGGUUGAUGGAGAAACAGCGCAUAGCCAAGUCAGCUGUAACGGGACGUGAUCUACGCAGUGUGCUUAGUAUGAAGCAGAAACAUGCAGUGCUUGAAGCGGAAGUAAUGGCCAGACAACGGACAGUCCAAGGAGUACUGGACACCGGUCAAGAGUUAAUUGAUACUGGUCAUCCAUCCAAGCGUAAGAUCAAGACACGAAUGGAGAGUGUGAGAGAAAAGAUGGAGCAUUUGAAGGAGUAUGCAGAAGGAAGGAAGCUCAGGCUACAGAUGGCUGUACAAUCUCAUGAGUACUACAUUGAUGCUAAUGAAGCUGAAUCGUGGAUGAGAGAGAAGAUGCCGUUGGUUUGUAGUGAUGACUAUGGGAAGGACGCUGAUUCGGCUAAGACGAUGCUGCAGAAACAUACAAUACUACAUGAAGAGAUACAGGCUUAUGAGAGUGAGGUGGUACAGCUCAGAGAGAAUGGAGAGAAGAUGAUGACCACCAUCAAAUCCAAUCAAACAAAGAUGCAAGGCAGGUCAUCACCUUUGAUGGAUGAGGAAUCCUUUACAACGGAGACGGUCGAUGUUCCAUAUGAGGUGGAGGAGGAAGAGAUCGUCGAACGAGAGGUCAUCAAGGAAGUGAUUGAAGAGAGGAAGUACCCUCAGGUCAAAGCCUUGUAUAACUACAAAGGAGAAGACAUGAAGAUAGCCAAGGGAGAGAUAAUGAUAUUGAUUGAGAAGAGCAACACUGAUUGGUGGAGCGUGAGGAGAGGAAACGCCCAAGAGGGCUUCAUUCCAGCAAACUAUGUCAAGGAGGUCACUCCAAAGGUUGUGAAGAAGAAGGUCAAGAGAAAGGUCAAAGUUCCUGAGAAGGUCAUGGUGAAGAAGACGAAGAUCAGACAGGAGAUCAUCAAGAAGAAGAAACCAAAGGAUAGGAAGAGUGUGCUAUCAAGAUCUGGCAGUGUCCGGAGACAGAGCCACCAUUUUGAUGAAGACAACAUUGAGUUAAGACUAGCCUCCAUCAACGGCACAUAUAAGAGACUACGCAAACUGAGUGAGGCUAGGUCUCGAUACUUGGAGGAUGCCAUCAAGCUAUUCACAUUCUACCAUGAUUGCGAUGAAUUCCAAGAUUGGAUGAAGGAGAAGGAAAAAGCCUUGAAGAAGAAGGAGAGCUUCUCGGAGCACGUCGAAGCGACAAAAAGAAAGUUUGAGAAUCUGCUGACGGACCUGGUAGCGAACCAAGGCAGAGUCGAGAGAAUAAAUAAGAUGGCUGACCGGUUCGUGGAGACGGGUCAUAGCAAACAAGGUGACGUCAGGAGCAGACAGAAGGAAGUCAAUCAACAGUGGCAGAGAGUUCUACAACUAAAAGCCGAUAAGGAAAAGAUGCUUGAAGGAGCCUCUAGUAUUGAGCUUUACAAUCAUUCAUGGGGUGAGACCAAGGAAUGGAUUAUGGAUAAAUUCAAAGCUUUGACCUCCGACGACCCUGGAAACCAAACCCUACCAGCCGAGGCUUUACAAAGAAAGUAUGAAAACCUACAGAGAGAACUGACACCUGUCAUGGAUAAACUACGCAAACUGGGCCUCCUUGCCAAAGCUGUAAAAACUUCCUAUCCGGAUGAGGGUGAUCAUAUCAGCAAUCGUCAGGAUGAGAUUAGUAAGCUUUGGGAUAAUCUAGAAGAUAAAGCUACUGAGAGGAAGACACAGCUGGCUCAGUCUAGGGAUAUCACUACAUUUCACAAUGAGUCAAAAGAAUUGAUUACUUGGUGUAAUGAGAUGAAUGGUAAACUCUUGGACACUGAGCUAGCUAAAGAUGUAGUCGGCUCAGAAGACUUGCUGAAGAGACAUGGUGAUCUUCUACAGGACAUUCAAGCUCAUGGAGAUAAAUUCACCAAACUAAGUAAGCUAGGACAGCAGCUCCUGAAGACUUUACCUGAUUCAGUGACGAUUGCACACAAAGUGGAGAAGCUUUCCACAAUGAAAGAGAGUUUGGCAACACGUUGGGAAAAGAGGAAUAAACAGCUUCAGGAUGCUCUGGAUUUAGCUAUUUUAAAUCGAGAGGCAGAUCAGAUUGACGUUACUACAAGUGGCCAUGAAGACUUCCUAGACUUCAAUGAUUUAGGGAGCACAGUGGAGAGUGUCAUUUCGUUACUCAAAAGACAUGAAGACUUCAUGAAGAAAUUUGACCUACAAGAGGAGAAGGUCAAAGGUCUGAAAGACAUGGCUCAAUCUCUCAUUGACAGAAAACACUAUGCAAAGAAUUACGUUGUUUCUCGGAGAGAUGAAGUGAUAGAACGGAGGAUUGCGGUUAAAGAGAGAAGUGAGCAAAGAUACCAAGCCCUCAAGGAAUCUAAAGAACAUCUAGAGUUUGUCAGAGAUGCUGAUGAGAUAUCUUCCUGGCUUGCUGAAAAGUUUGAAAUAGCCGAUGAUGAAUCAUACAGAGAACUAACCAAUCUACCUGGGAAGGUUAAGAAACAUCAAGCUUUUCAAGCUGAGAUAAUAGCAAACAAGGAAAGACUAGAUAAACUAAACGAGACUGGGACUGCCCUUAUUGACUCUGACAAUGCCAACUCGGAGGAGAUCCAGGUCUUACUGCAGGCCAUCAACUCCCGCUGGAUGGACCUGAGUACCAGGGCUGAUGAGAGAGGGAAGAAGCUCCAGCAAGCCAUGGAGGAGCAGGAACUGAUACGGGCGAUGGAAGAUGCAGCUGCCAACAUCCAGGCGAUAGAGAUUGCUAUGGCAUCGCAGGACGUGGGACACGAUCUUAGGAGUGUCAAGAGUCUUCUUAAGAGACAACAGGUAUUGGACACAGAGAUGUCUCUCCAGGCUGAGAGGAUGAAGAAGCUAUCCCAGAAUUCCAAGAAACUGGCUGAUCAAGGUCACUUUGACAAAGACAAGAUCAAAUCUGAGACAGCUUGUAUUACACAGAGGUUCAAUGAGUUGGAAGGUCCAGCUGAGAAGAGGCGUAAGAAGCUGGAGGAAUCCCUGAGGGUACAGCAGUUCUACCAUGAUGUAGAUACGGAGCUUCAGUGGAUCAAAGACCACUCUCCUGCUGCAAGCUCUACCAACUAUGGAAGGGAUUUUACUUCUACACAGAGCAUGUUAAAGAAACAUCAGAAACUUGAAGCAGAGAUAACUGGACACCAGCCUGUCAUAGACAAGGUCCUUAGUACGGGUCAGCAUCUUAUAGACUGUGGUCACUUUGCCUUACAUGAAGUCCAGGAACGGUGUCAGGAUCUAUCCCUGUCAUGGGACCAGUUACUAGACCAGGCCUUGGCAAGAAAGAACCAUCUAGAUAUGGCAUUUGAAGCACAGAAAUACUAUUCUGAAGCAGUUGAAGCAGAAUCUUGGAUGACUGAGAAACUCUCCUUGGCUAUGAUCACCGACUAUGGCAAAGAUGAAGGUGCAACUGAAAAGAUGCUUGCAAAGAAUAAGGCUCUUGAACUGAACAUAGAACACUAUGAGAGUGUGAUCAGGUCACUAGGAGACCGGAAGAAUCAGAUGGUAUCCUCAAGGAACCCAGAGGCUGAAGGCAUCACUGAAAAACAGGAAGAGCUUGUUAACCAGUACAAGAACGUAAUGGACCAGGGAUCCCAUAGAACUUUCAAACUAGAACAGACCAAGCUGAUGCACCAGUAUGUACGCGAGAGUGACGAGCUUGGGGAAUGGAUCGAAGAACAGUAUCAGGUGGCCAGCUCGGAGGAAUAUGGUCAGGAUUACGAACACUUAGAGGAGCUGAGCAAGAAGUUUGAUGAGUUUUGUCGCCAUGUAGAUUCUGGCAUGGAUCAGUUUAAGAGAUGUGAUAAGCAAGUCCAGAGCCUGGUUGCGGAAAGAUAUGAGCAUAGCGAUUCAUUGAUAGAGAAACAGGAUAGUUUGCAACAAGCUUUGGACAUGUUGAUGGAUAGGAUUAAUAGUAGGAGAGAGAAGUUAGAAGCAGCAAGACAGAUCCAUCAGUUUAACAGGGAUUAUGAAGAAGCCAUGUCUAGGAUACAGGAGAAGUAUGCUAUCAUACCUGAUGAGCUAGGGAAAGACGUAAACUCAGUACAGUCAUUAGUGAGAAAGCAUGAGGCCUUUGAGAAUGAUCUCGUAGCUCUGGAACAACAGUUACAAAGCCUAGUGAAUGAAGCAGUACGUCUACAAGAUGAGUAUCCUGGAGAGAAUGCUAUGCAGCUUGAAGAACAACAAGGUGUGAUGGUAGCCGACUGGAAUCUCCUACAGGAGAGGGCUACAGAGAGAAGAUCAAGUCUUCAAGCAGCCAACGACUUCCACAGACUCAUGGCUACGUGCAAGGACUUGAUCAAAUGGUCCGAUAAUAUGAAUGCAGAGAUACAAUCUGAGGAGCCUAUAAAGGAUGUAUAUACCACGAUGAGUAUGAUCAACAACCACGCCCAGCUGAGGUCAGAAAUUGAAGCUAGAGAAGAUAACUUUAGUUCCUUGGUUCAGGCUGGAGAGAUUCUCAUUCAACAGGGUCACUUUGCUAGUCAAGAGAUCCAAGAGAGAAUAGAGGCAGUGCUGCAAGCCAGAGAGGAUCUCCACGGAGGAUGGCAGAAUAAGAAAGUGAAACUUGAUCAAUGCCAUCAACAGCAACAGUUCUACAGAGAAGCCAAGAUUCUUGAAACUCUUAGCAGCCAACAAGAGGUGUAUCUCCAAAGCAGUGAUAUGGGAGCUACUGUGGAAGAAGUCGAAGCACAGAUCAAGAAACAUGAAGCGUUUGAGAAAGUACUUGCAACUCAAGAAGAGAAGACAAACACACUUCAGGUGUUUGGUAGUCAGCUGAUGGAGGAAGGGCAUUUCGAUUCACCUGGUAUCCAAGAAAAACUCGAAGAAGUCACUAAAAGGCGAGCAAGGCUUCGGGAUCUGAGUGCUGAAAGGAGGCAUAAGUUAUCAACUGCUAAGCUGUACGCUCAGUUCAAUAGAGACAUUGCAGAGGCUCAAGCAUGGAUUGGUGAGAAAUGGAAGACGUUUGGAGACGGCGGUUUUGAAUCGUGCAGUAACCUGAGGGAGAAAAUGAAGAGACUUCAAAAACAUCAAGCCUUUGAAGCUGAAAUCAAAGCCAAUGAAAAGCUCAUCUCAGAUGUUAAACAGGAGGGGGAAUCUCUAUUGAAGCAGCAGCAUUCCGACUCAGUAAACAUCAAGCAAAGAAUGUCCGAUAUGAUGACGUCCUGGAACGACCUUAGACAGUCAUCCGCCAAGAGAGGGCAGCAUUUAGAAGAAGUGCGAGACCUGUUGGAGUACAACCAAAUGGCAGAGAAGAUCGAGAAGUGGACAAGAGAGAAGGAAGUGAUGGUGUCUGCUCAUGAUGUGGGUAAUGACUACGAGCACUGUAUGGAACUGCAGAAGAAACUCAAUGACAUCGGUUCAGAUCUAUCAGUGGAUGAUGUGUAUGUAAAUCAGAUGUGUGAUUUGGGUGAAAGACUCAUGAAAGAUAAUAACCCUGAUCAGACUAACAAUAUCAGAAAGAGGACUGAGGAUAUCAAAACCAGCUGGCAAGCUCUUCAGUCUGGACUUACCAAGUAUCGUAAAGAAUUGACCGAUGCUGCUGAUAUACAUGCAUUCAACAGAGAUAUUGAUGAUGUCAUGGAGAGAAUAAGUGAAAAGAGGAAUGCUAUGGAUCUAGAUGAGGUGGGCAAGGAUGUGAGUUCAGUAGAAUCACUUCAAAGAAGACAUGGCGAGAUCGUCAGGGAUUCAACAGUGAUACAAACCAGACUCAAGGAGUUGAAGAAUGCUGCUGCGGUUCUGGGCAGGAAGCAACCUUCCCAGAAGGCAGCAGUCCUAGCAACGGAACAGGAAGCAGAGAGGCAGUGGGAUGCCCUAUGUGAACUUAGCCAGCAGCGGCAGGAGAAGCUAGCCAGCUCCCUCAAUCUACAAAAGUUCUACAAAGACUAUAGAGAAAUGAUGAGUUGGACUGGUCAGGUGAUCAAUCACAUGACUUCUGGUGAGCUUGCCAAAACAUCAAGUGAGGUGGAGAAUUUAUGUGAGCUUCAUAAGGAGAGAAAGGCUGAAAUAGACGGUCGCAAUGCCAAGUUUGAGUCUCUGCACGAGGCCGGGGCUUCCUUGGUAGAUGGAGGUCACUAUGCUGCUGAUGAUAUCAAACAAUGCUUGGAGGAGCUGACUGAAAGCAAGGCUCAGGUUGAGACAGGCUGGGAGCAACGCAAGACACUGCUGGCUCAGUGUUUGGAUCUUCAAGUCUUCAAGGAGUACAUGGAACAAGCAGAUAGCUGGCUGGCAACGAAGGAAGCCUUUAUUACCCAGGAGGAUGCAGGGGAUUCCCUCACCAUGGUGGAGUCGAUGGCCAGAAAGCAUGAAGGGUUUGAGAAGACGUUGGAGAGCCAGGUAGAGAAGAUAGUCGAGCUACAGGUCUUUGCCUCCCAGCUUGUAUCAGGAGGACAUUAUGAUUCUGGAUGGGUAGAGUCCAAAUGUCGGGCCAUUGCAGACAGGCGAGACAAGCUCUACAAAGAGACAGAAACGAGGAGGAAACGUUUGGCUGAAUCCCUUGAGAUGCACCAGUUUCUGCAGGACAUCUAUGAGGUUGGGUCGUGGAUCAGCGAAAAGACUCAGAUCGCUUGUGAUGAGUCGUUCCGUGAUGAAAGCAAUCUAACCCACAAACUGCAGAAACAUCAAGCCUUUGAAGCUGAGCUACUCUCCAACAGAGGAAGGGUUGAUUCCAUUCAACAGCGUGGUGAAGCUAUGAUUGAAAAGGAGCACCAUGCCUCUGCCGAUAUCCGAGAGAAACUGACUGAACUUGAACAGAGAUGGCAGUAUCUAAUGGAUAGGUGUGCUUGGAAGCAAGAUCAUCUACAACAAGCUUACAAGGCCCAUGUUCUUCAGCGUACUAUUGAUGAUAUGAGUGAUUGGUUAAACGAGGUUGAGAACCAGCUUCAGACCAGUGACGUAGGCAAAGACAUGGCUAGCAUCAAACAUCUUAUCAAGAAACAUCAGGCUGUAAAUCUUGAUGUUGAAUCAUAUGAGGAGAAAGUGAUUGAAAUCAAACAAACGGCUGAGACAUUCAAAGGAGAGGAAAACUUUCUAGCUGAUGACAUGAUAGAGAAAACAGAUACAGUCUACCAAAGGUAUGAUGCUGUCAAUGAGUUGGCAGCACAGAGACAGAAGCAGCUCGAUGAUGCCUUCACUCUUUACAAGUUCUUACGAGAUGUCGAUGACGAGUUGUCAUGGAUACAAGAGAAGAUGACGCUAGCAUCAUCCACCGAUUAUGGCAGCUCAUUGACUGCUGUACAGAAUCUUGUCAAGAGGCAUCAGAUUUUGGAGAGUGAGAUAACCGCUCAUGAGCAGUUGAUUAGUGCUGUGUCAAACACAGCUCAUCAGCUGGUGGAUACCAAUCACUAUGGCAGCAAUGAAAUCAAAGACCAGGAAACAGUUCUGAAUUCAAGAUGGUGCCAACUCAAGGAGGCUGCUACGGAAAGAAAAAGGAAACUCUCUUCUGCACUGGAUAUUCAGAAGUUUUUCUCAGACCUGAUGGAAGCAGAAUCCUGGAUGAAUGACAAGCGCCCUCUUGUGACCAGCACAGAUUGUGGCAAGAAUGAGGACUCAGUGGUGUCUUUAUUGAAGAAGCUAGAUGGUUUGGAGCUUGAUCUAGAGGGUUACUCAGGAACUCUACAAGCUUUAGCAACAACUGCCAGCAAUCUAUCUGAUUCAUCUAACCCUGCUGUGAUGGAUGUAAAGAAAAGACAGAUUGAGAUAGAGAAUGAGUAUCAGGAGAUUCUGGACCUACUUGAGUCUAGGAAACAAGUGUUGAUGGGCCAUCUUAAACAGUUUGAGUUUCUAAGAGAGAUGGAUGAGAUGAUGGAUUGGAUUCAGGAGAAAGAGGUCCUGGCCCUGUCUGAGGACUAUGGAAAGGACCUGGAACAUGUUGAGAUAUUGCAGGCAAGGUUCAAUAGUUUCACCAAAGACAUCCUGACCAACGAAGGUCGUAUCAGAGCUAUAGGUAACAGGGCAAACACCCUCAUCAAGAGCGGUGUUGAUGAGAAUGAUACCAUAGCAACGAGAUGCCAAGAGCUUGAGAUCAGAUGGGAUGAACUCAAGGAGGCUACUAAUGCCAGAACACAGGCUCUAGCUGAUGUACGAGUAGUCCAUGCCUUUGAUCGAGACAUUGCUGAGACCUUAGCAUGGAUACAAGAGAAAGAUACAGCUAUAUCCAGUGAGGAUUAUGGUCAUGAUCUACCCAGUGUUCAAGCUUUGGUCAGAAGACAUUCAGGUUUUGAGAGAGAUCUUGUCGCUGUCGAGGAGAAGGUAGAAUCCACCUCGUCACAAGCAGCCCAGCUUGUUGAAGAAUACACGGAUGCUUAUCAGCAUAUCAGUGAGGAGAAUGAUACUAUGGUGUCUGCAUGGAAUAUGUUACUAGAGAGAGCUGCUUUGAGGAAAGAUAGAUUGAUGCAAGCAGAACAACUUCAGCUUUACUUCAAUGAAUUCAGGGAACUCAGUACCUGGAUCAAUGAGAUGAAUGCCUUGCUUUCAUCAGACGAGACGCCCCAUGAUGUCACCAGCGCUGAAGCACUCAUCAACAAACAUUCUGAACAUCAACUAGAAAUAUCCCUUCAUGCUGCAAACAUUGCUCAGUUCGUCGAAGCUGGAAACAAACUUAUUGAGGACGAUCACUUUUUAGCCAAGGAGGUUGAAACUAAAGUAGAACAACUGGACCAAGCCUGGAUCAAUUUGAAUGCUAAAUGUGAGGAGAGAGGAAAGAACUUUGAGGCCAAACUAGAUACAUUCCUGUUACAGAGAGAUUUAGAAGGAGCAGAAUCUUGGCUCAAUGAUAAAGAUCCUAUUCUUGAAGAUCAAUCCUUCUUGGAUGAUUCUUGUGAUAUCGAAGAACUGUUGAAGAAACAGGAAGACUUUGAGAAGAUGAUCGAAGCGCAGGAGGAAAGGUUUGCUGCCCUCACAAGGCUGACAAAGGCUGAAGCAAAUUGUGAUGGCAGUCACACAACCCUUGAUGAUGUCCUCAGAGAAUUUGACAAGGUGGAGAAGAUGGGAGCGCCCCCUAGAGGCAGAGGUCUUCUUAACAGUCAAUUUACAAUAGAAGAAGAAGAUGAAGAGGUGGAGGAAGAAGAGAGAAAAAAUGUCCUCCAAAAUGAAAAUAUCAGUGACAUGCUGGAUGAAAUGUCAGGCAUUCAACAAGUUAAUGCAAGCAAGCCUCAGUCUGUUGGCUCCAAACUUGAUCAAACUGACUCGGUGUCAUCUACGCCAACAUCCAGUCAGGAAGCCGGUAUUUCCUCAUCUGUUGCUAAGCAACCAAUCAAACCUGCAUCCAAGCCCUUCAGACCACCUUUAACAUCCACAAAGACUGGUGGUAUGCAUGCUAGUAAGAGCGAUGAGACGAGUGGUAAUACAGGAAAGAUGACGCCAGAUGAUACUGCAAAGGAGGAUUAUGAGGAAGAGGCAUCACUCCGAUCGAGGAGAAGGAUGAUGAUCCCAAGGAUAAGCAUCACCAUGGUCGAUGAUGAGCUUCCGGAGAGCUUUGGUGCCCCCGAUGAGGCUGAUAUAAAGAAGGAUGAAGCAGACCAGAUAGAUGAGAUUGUCAGACAGAAUUCUAUUGAAGAGGAGGAGGAGGAGGGGGUCAAUGAUGAUGAUCUUCUUGAUGAAGACUAUCCUCUUGAUGAUGAUGACCUAGCUUUCCAGGACAGCGAUGAUAGUGAACCCGUUGAUGACCAAGAAUUUGAUGAUGCUGAUGAUUUAUUACGUCACCCUGACAUAUCACCAUCUGUAGACUCAUCUAGAAAUCAACCUGAGACGGGGUCAUCUGCUUCAUCUAUAGAAACAAUUAAGACUUCCAGACAUCCACGAGGACCCAAACCACAAACUCUGCCUCCUGCUCCCCCAAACUUUGAUCCUCAAAGACAAAAUUUGCCACCUUCCAAUGUAACCUCGAAGUCACCUCCAAGCAUUCCCUCAUCUACAAAUGGAGCUUCAAGCCGUGCGAGUGGAGGUCAAAGGUCACCAAGGUCUUUCCAAGAUGUGACGACCCCGAAGCCAAGGGUCGGUAAAGUAACUGCUGAGCCCCCACCUCCAAUACAGGUGGUAGAUCUGAAAGGACGAUCCCCUCCCUCCGGUGGAAGCAAAGAAAAAACAAUCUCUAUCAGUAGCAUCUUCAAAAAGAAAAAAUAACCACUGUCACUUCUGGUAAGGUAUGAAUAUUAUUAGUGACUUUCAUCUUUCUUCAUAGGGUAUCUCAACUGAUGGUUGACAUACAACAGUACGGUGUCUUUAAAGGAGAGAAAUGCAAACAAAAAUAUGUGAGUCAUAGAGUCUUCAAUCAUUGUUCUUCUGUCACGUACGAAUAAAACACAUUUCAAAUGUUUUAUGUAAAUGAGAUCGGAGAAAAGAAUUCUGU